AAAGAGAGAAUUGAAAAAGAUGGUGCAUUUUGAGGUGUACUAACGCUGUCUCUAGAAGGAAGCAAAACAUUUCCACAACACUUCGCUAUCACUAAAGUUAUUGGACCACCAAUCCAAUCAAUUUCUCAUCGGCGAACAACAACCAAUUAAUCAUCAUCUUCUUUCUCCCAAUCGAGUACUAAAACAGCGAUCCAAAAUAAUACUCCUUCCAACAAACCCAUAUGAUCCCUGGAGUUUUGAUCCUAAUUACUAACAUGUUUCGAUCCAAGCUGGGGUUAUCCUUUUCCCUCUCGAUCAUCUCCCUCUGUUUAACAACAGUCGAGCCCACCUGCUCCAAGGGCUGUGACUUGGCCUUAGGCUCGUACUACGUUUGGACCGACGCGUACACCAGCUUGAUUGCCGAAGUAUCAGGCAAUUCCGUCAACGAACUCAUCAGCUACAACCCAGGGACCACCAAGUUCUUCGUUCUGUCGGGCGCUAGAAUCGUCGUCCCCUUCCCGUGCGACUGCAUCGACGGCGAGUUCUUGGCCCACGUGUUUACUUACGCGGUCCGGUCCGGCGACACGUACGAUAAGAUCGCCGAGACGUACUACUCGAACCUGACUACGGCCGCGACGCUGGAGCGGUCCAACAGCUACCCGGCUAAUUCCUCGAUUCCGGAUAACGCAGUGGUGAACGUGACGGUGAAUUGUUCGUGCGGGAACGCGUCGGUGUCGGAGGCUUACGGGUUGUUCCUCACGUACCCGCUUCGGGAUGAGGAUAGCUUGGAGUCGAUUGCGACUGCUGCGAACUUGAGUACGGAUUUGCUGCAGAGGUACAACCCGGACGCUAAUUUCAGUGCGGGGAGUGGUCUAGUGUACAUACCCGGCAGAGAUAAAAGUGGAAAUUAUCCACCCCUGAAAUCCAGCACAGGAUUGUCAGGUGGAGUCAUAGCUGGAAUAUGUAUAGGAGUAGUGAUGGGAGCACUACUAGUGUCUGUCUGCAUAUAUUAUGGGUUCUGCAGAAAGAAGAAAGUGCUGGACAAAUUAUUGAGUUCAAAAAGUUUUGAAGAUCGACAUCUUCAAGCUGAUCCGGGAAGUGCUUCUUCACGUGGCUUAGCCAUCAGUUUGGACAAAUCUAUGGAGUUCUCCUAUGAAGAGAUUGCAAAUGCAACUAAUGACUUCAGUAUUGGUCAUAAGAUUGCUCAAGGUGGCUUUGGAACUGUUUACUAUGCUGAGUUGCGAGGCGAGAAAGCUGCAAUCAAGAAGAUGUAUAUGAUGGCUACAAGGGAAUUCCUUGCUGAAUUGAAGGUUUUAACACAUGUUCAUCACCUGAACCUGGUGCGCUUGAUAGGCUAUUGUGUGGAGGGCUCUCUUUUUCUAGUUUAUGAAUACCUCAAGAAUGGCAAUUUAAGCCAACAUUUACAUGGGACAGGAUGGGAUCCCCUCCCUUGGUCUACCAGGGUGCAAAUUGCUCUUGAUUCAGCUAGAGGGCUUGAAUAUAUUCAUGAGCAUACUGUGCCUGUCUAUAUUCAUCGGGAUAUCAAAACAGCAAAUAUAUUGAUCGACAAAAACUUCCGUGCGAAGGUUGCAGAUUUUGGUUUAACAAAGCUGGCUGAAGUUGGGGGUUCGUCACAGCUCACGCGUCUUGUGGGUACAGUUGGAUACGUGCCACCAGAAUACGCUCAAUAUGGUGAUGUUUCUCCUAAAAUAGAUGUAUAUGCAUUCGGGGUUGUCCUCUACGAACUUAUUUCAGCCAAAGAAGCCAUAGUCAAGGUCGGUGGUUCUAUGCUUGAAUCGAAGAGCCUCGUUGCUGUGUUUGAGGAAGUUCUUAAUCAGCCUGAUUCAAGAGAAAAGCUUUGCAAGCUGGUUGACCCUAGGCUUGGAGAUAGCUACCCCAUCGAUUCAGUUCGCAAGCUGGCUCAGCUUGCGAAAGCGUGCACACAAGAGCAUCCGCUACUACGGCCUAGCAUGCGGUCUGCUGUCGUGGCGCUCAUGACUCUUUCGUCCUCGACGGAAGACUGGGAUGUUGGUCCCUUUUAUGAAAACCAAGCUCUAGUCAGUCUAAUGUCUGGGAGGUAGUGGCUGCCAAGAGAGAGUCCAUCGGAUUGGCUGUAAUACUCAGAUCAAAACUGUUGAAGAUUUUCGGAGAUGCAAAAAUCAGUCGUAAAUGUGAAGGUUUUGUAUGUAUAUGUCAAUUGUUGUACAAGAGGUCAAUUAUGGGAUUGAGAGAGUAGGUCUCGAUUUGUCAUGUUAAAAUUGUAAAAUUAGCCAGUCUGGAUAAACCAUCACGAAAACAGGGUAUUGAUAAAACCUAAAGAGACUAUUAUAGUAAUAGUUUUGUAAAGGAAUAUAUCACAAGUAGUAUCA